UUGCUCUGAGAGGGGUGGCUUUGCGUCAGGUGACCGGCGUCCGGGUGGGAGGGUCGUCUGCUCAAUCUUUCUGACUGACGCGUCUCCAAGGCUGGCUUGUCCACUGACAGAGGGACAGACAGGUGGCGGCGACGGCGGUACCACGACAGGUGGCCUUGGGACAGGCUGAAGCAGCACUUCUAUGGUUAUUGACCAGAGCUGAGUUCCCUCCUGCGGAAAUGACCUAGGGGACUUGCUGGCUAUUCCGUUCUAGGACCAGUUGCCGGGGUGAUUCCCUUGGUGCUCUCUGCAGCCCCCGAAAGGUUAAUAUGCUCUCUCCCAAUUGUGAUGCAGGAUUUCCUUGAGAAUCUUCACUAAAAGCUUUGCUGGCAGCCAAGGAUGGCAAGCAAGGGGCCCUCGGCCUCUGCAUCCACUGAGAAUUCCAAUACAGGGGGGCCCAGUGGCAGCAGCAAUGGCACUGGCGAGAGUGGAGGUCAGGACAGCACCUUUGAGUGCAACAUAUGCCUGGAUACAGCCAAGGACGCCGUCAUCAGCCUGUGUGGCCACCUCUUCUGUUGGCCAUGUUUACAUCAGUGGUUGGAGACCAGACCUAACAGACAAGUGUGUCCAGUUUGCAAAGCCGGCAUUAGCCGAGACAAAGUCAUCCCACUCUAUGGCAGGGGCAGCACCGGGCAGCAGGACCCCAGAGAGAAGACCCCUCCUCGUCCUCAAGGUCAGAGGCCAGAGCCAGAAAACAGAGGGGGAUUUCAAGGAUUUGGAUUUGGAGAUGGUGGUUUCCAAAUGUCUUUUGGAAUUGGAGCAUUUCCAUUUGGGAUAUUUGCCACAGCAUUUAACAUAAAUGAUGGACGGCCUCCUCCAGCUGUCCCUGGGACACCUCAGUAUGUGGAUGAGCAGUUCCUGUCACGCCUUUUCCUGUUUGUGGCCCUGGUGAUCAUGUUCUGGCUCCUGAUUGCCUAAUGCUGGACUCCUGUUUGCAUCUACAGCAGAGCCUCUGGACUGGUGAUAUGCCACCCCCACUUCUAGUGUUUGACUUCCUGGCUAAUCCCAACCAACCCCUGGAAUCAAGGGUCAGAACACAACAAGGAGUCUUGCUUCUCUAUUAGAGCUUCGGAACUCAAAACCAGUUGGUGAGGACUCCCAAGUGUCACCACUGCUGAAAACACCCUCUGUAACCUCAGGCCUUGGUGUUGAGUGCCCUCAUGGGCUGCAAUGUGAAGUCCUGUCCAGCCUACUCAGCAGGUCCUGAUUCUACACAGGGAAGAAAUGGGAAGAAAGAAACACAGUUUCUUUCACCUGAACUUUAUAUUAUAAAAAUGAAGGGAUGAACCAAAUGGUAUUUAUGGGAAUUGACUUUCAUCUCUUUACCCCUUAGUAAUUGGCCUCCACUUCUUAUUCAGAGAUUUCCUUCCAGAUCCCAGUGCUGUUCUGUCUGCCUUUCCUUCCCUCCCCUUCCUCAGCAAAGAGCAUAAUUACAGCAGCUGAAGCUGAAGUUGCUUCAUGACUCUAUCGGAGACUCAGUCUUCUGUCAGCUGUGGGCCUUGUUCAGUGUCUUGGCCCUAGAAAGCAACUUGAAUGACCUGGCUUCCUGGUGUGGAUUGUCCCUAGUGUCACCUGACUCAUAGAUUUCCCAUCAGCUCUCUCCUCAAAACUGUGCAUAUGCUCCUCUCUUCCACAGGGAACUGCGUGCAUAUGCUCCUCUCUUCCACAGGGAAAACAGCCUAGACUACUGCUGAAGCCAAGAUGACAGCUCUGCUUCAGAGCUCUGAUGUGGGAACAACUGGACAAAUAGCCCCUCCUCCUAAACUACAGAAAUUCUGAGUAACCCUCUCUCAGAACUUGCCCAGAGAAACUGGAGGCUUUCUCAGGUCAGCCCAGCUGUAUAUAGAAGACCACCAUUCUCUAAAGAGGUGGGGAUUGGAGAGAUCCACCUGUGAUCUUGAUUUUGGUAUGGCUUGAUAGAUUUCCCUGAAAACUCCUGGUAUGUGUGCUAAAACCAGGGAAGCUUGUGACUCCUGAGCAAGCAACACCAGGUGACUUGUAAAGCUAGGGAGCACAGUGGUAAGAUGUGGUCUUCCUCCUGUGGAAUCCAGGGAAAAUUAUUCUACCCAUGAAUUGAAUUGUUUUUGAAUUUCAUAAGCUGCUUCCUCUAAAUAGAAUUGGACUGUGGUACCAGGUAGGUAGACUAGCUCACCCAAUGAUACAGUUCUUACUCUGCCUACCAGGCUUUAUCUUAAAAAUGCGAUUUCCUGGGGACCUCAACAGUGAAGCAAGAUGAGCUUCUACUGGCCUUUUGCUCACUUCUCCAGCACCCACUGCCCCAGCAAUAGCCAGUAAAUGGGAGAAAGCCUUUCCUAGUGCUUUGUCCAGAUGUGGCUCUGUAUAAUUUAUUGACCCCAAGACCUUGAGGAUGAUGAGAGAAACCCACCUUCCCAUUGCGCAGUCCCCACCUGCCCUUUGUUUUUGCACCUGCCAAUGCCAGUGUUCAGUGUUGAAACAUAAAAUAUAAAGUAUUGAGUAAGUAGGUGGUUUGGCAAAUCCAGCUGGUAAGAAUAAGCCACCAACUUGAUAGUGUGCCUCACAGGUUUUAAAUAUUCUUUGUCACUUGGAAAUCCCCAGUCACAGGGGCCCCUGGAGUGUCUCUGUUUUAGAGAGAAUUGGUAGGAUUCUUUGGUGUAGUGUGGCCCUUAGUAGUGGAAGGGAAACUUCAGUCAAUGAACCCAAAAGAAAUGAGUUUCCAGAAGAAAGAUUUAAGAAGCCUUGUGAGUAGGAAAACAAAUAAUUUGGACUCUAGUGAAAUGGAGUCAACUUAGGAGAGUGCUGACAGCAGAGACAUCCCAGGAACAUGCUGUCAGCAAAGCUGUGAUGGCCAUAUGCCCUUUGUGAACCUCACAGGUCCCCAGGUGCCUCCUGCGACAGGAGAGCCAACUUGUGAGUCCCCUUUUCCUUAUAGCUCUGUUUAGGCUUACCUCUCACCCCUUGGCCAAGGCAGCUUUCCUUUCUUCUGUGUGUUUUCUGUGUCCUCAACCUUCACCUUAUGCCACCCCCAUGGAAAAGGACCAGAUCCUGACCACAGUCAGAAAAUGGUAAUAAUGUACAGCAGCACACCUUGACCAGUCACUAAUUUUCACUGUUGUGAAAGUGAUUUGAUUUAGAAUUAAACAAAUGGUUUUACAUUA